CUCUCCCUCUCCGUUCUUGGUGGUCCGAGACCCUUGGCCGUACGCUCUGCCUCACUCCUCCGUCUCUUGCUUCCCUUGCCGCCGGCGGCGCGCGGCGCCGGGCGCGGAUCGGCGGCGGGUGCAUGGUGGAGGCCGCCGCCGGGCGCCGGACAGGCACCAGCCGUCGGCGGCCUAGCGGCAGCGGAGGGGAGCACCGGCACCUGGUCGCGCUCGCCGUCGCCGCGCGCGUCGCCAUGGUCACCACCCGGUCCGUGGGUCCAGCAGCAGUAGCGGAAGGUGAUGGAGCGGGAGCUGCUGUAACAGAUGCCGGCGCCGCUGGCGGUGGCGGACGAUGCAUGGAGGACUUCUUCGACUGCCUCCUCGGCUUGCUCGGCGCGUUAGGCAUGACAUGGGCUGCGGCGCGGCCCCAGCGGCAGCCGCGCCCGCCGCUGCCUCGCGGGGCUGCGGGGGCGGGGCCUGCGCCAACUGACUCCCGGCGUUUCGCGGCGGAGCUCAGGGCCACCCCCGGCCGGAUCGCCGGCAAUGGCGCCUGCGCCGUCGCGUCACUGUACACGCUGCAGGGCAAGAAGGGCGUCAACCAGGAUGCUAUGAUCUUCUGGGAGAACUUCUGUUCAAGAGAUGAUACCAUCUUUUGUGGUGUGUUUGACGGCCAUGGACCUUAUGGCCAUUUGGUUGCCAAGAGAGUAAGAGAUCUGCUGCCUCUAAAGUUAGGAGAAGGUUUGACGACGGAAGAUGGUAGAGUAACAUCCACUGGCAACAUUAAGCUCAACACACAUGAUGUAGCUUCACCAGAACACAUAGACAAAGGAAGUACUGCCAUUUCCUCUGAAGCUCAGCAGAAUGGAGAGUAUCCAGAGACCUUCCCAGCAUUGAGAACUUCAUUCUUGAAGGCAUUCCGUGUAAUGGAUAGGGAUCUCAAAUUACAUAAAAGCAUUGACUGCUUUUUCAGUGGGACUACAGCGGUGGCAGUGAUCAAGCAGGAACACAAUCUUAUAAUUGGCAAUUUGGGGGAUUCAAGAGCUGUCUUAGGCACCAGAGAUGAAAAUAACCAGCUUAUUGCUGUUCAAUUGACAGUUGAUCUCAAACCUAACAUUCCAAGCGAAGCACAGAGAAUCAGGCAACGCAGGGGCAGAAUAUUCGCGCUUCCCGAGGAGCCGGAGGUUGCUCGUGUUUGGCUUCCAAAGUACAACUCUCCUGGACUGGCCAUGGCUAGGGCAUUUGGAGACUUCUGUCUGAAGGACCAUGGUGUAAUUUCUACGCCUGACGUCUCCUAUCACCACAUCACGGAGAAAGACGAAUUUGUGGUGCUGGCUACUGACGGGGUCUGGGACGUGCUAUCAAACGAUGAGGUUGUUAGCACUGUCUGCCGAGCCACAUCUCAGGCCUCUGCAGCCCGGUUUCUCGUCGAGUCGGCUCACCGCGCUUGGCGGACUCGGUUCCCCACUUCUAAGAUCGAUGACUGCGCUGUUGUCUGCCUGUUCCUGAACACAGACAAAGCGAGCGAAUCGUCGAGUUCUUUGGCCAAGAACUUGGCAGAUGCUGUAGAAGCUAGCAGUGCUGGGCGCGCCACAACUGUCCAGGUGAGCGCUGGUGCAUCUACAGAUGUUGCCGCCCUGGUACCAGUACCAGAUGGGAACGAGGUGUCUAUUGCUGAAACCAUCACAAAGCUGGUCACGCUCAUGGAUUUGCCCAAGGAUGGUUGAGGCUCCUGUGAUUGGGACCUGAACGAAGAUAUACCACAUCGGUGGGUUUCUGCUUGCAGUUUUUUUUCCUGAACGCAAGUGUGGCUAGAAUUUGCAGUUUUGCUUCGUGUAAAGUACCGCGUCAGUUUAGCGUGAUUUGUUCCAGUUUUUGUAAUAUUUCAAUUCAUGUUAGUAUUGAUGCGUCCGUGCGUCGUCGAGAUCGUAGUAUUCUGUAGGAAGGAGGCUACUGAGUUUUUGUGCUUCCUGUAAAUAUAUUCAUCAUUCUAUCUCUGGUGUCUGAUCUAUAUCAUCAUUGCUUUGGGGGUCGGUCU